AUGUCAAAUUAUAGCGUAAUCAAACGAACAGACUACGGUAAAAUGGAAACAAUUAGAAAUCAAAGAGGUGAAUUGAAUGAUACAACGUCAAGUGGUUCAUGUUGGAUACGUGGAAUGCGUUAUAUUAUAUUGAUUUCUACACUGAUAUGCCUUGCAUCAAUUAUGGCCAAUAUUGUUACAUUCAAUUUUACCGUUCUUUGUAUAUCGCCUAAUUAUGGCAAAGAAUUACCACACGUAAAUAAGACGGUGGAUAGUGCAAAGCAAGAGGGAUAUUCCAAAGAUGACAGAACCAUUAUAUUUAGUUCCGCAGCAGUUGGUGCCCUUUUGACUUAUUUCGGACUUCGACUCAUAUUUUUUAUCAGUGGAAUGUUAACAGCUAUAGCAACAGCGUUGGUACCACUUGCUGUAGCUCAGGGUAGUAUCAUAUAUUUCGUUAUCCUAAGGGGUAUAAGUUUUACAAUAUGUAUGCCAACUACUGGUGCUGUAACAUCGAAUUGGGCAUCUCUGAAACAGAACGGUUUAUUCAUUUCAACAUUAUCAUCUUUUAGUCAGUUAGCUGGUGUUUUUACAAUGUCUACUUCUGGUAAGUUAUGUGAAUCAAGUUUUGGUUGGCCAGCUGUCUAUUAUCUACAUUCUGCAAUAUCAUUUAUUUCAUUUGGUUUAUGGGUAUUGUUGUAUAGAAAUCAGCCAGUUAAGCAUCCGUUAGUAAAUCAAAUGGAAUUGGAAAAAAUAAAUCGUGGUCGAUCAGCGGCAACUUUAAUAUCAGCAGCAAAAAAGCACCAGAAAAUACCGUAUUUAGCAAUUUUAGCUACACCUGCUAUUUGGGGUAUUUGGGCAGCAGCUAUCGGUGAUCUGAUGACAUUGCAACUAAUACAUACAUUCAGUCCAUUAUAUAUUAGAGAAAUUCUCGGAUAUUCGGUGGAACAUACCGGUUUCUCGGCAGCUCUUCCAGUGUUAGUCCAAUUUCUUUUUAAGAUUGUUGCUGGCUAUAGCAGUGAUAAAUUGCGCAUCUUAUCAGAAACUGCUAAAUUACGCUUGUAUAAUACUAUAGCACUUGGAGUUUCAGCAAUUUUCCUCAUUAUUUUGGCUUUUUUACCUCAAGGCUAUCCAUUAACUGGAGUCAUCUUGCUAACGUUAGCAACAUCGAUGUAUGGUUUUAAUGGAGCUGGUUUUAACAAGUGCGCAACAUUGGUAUCAAGACAAUACAGUGCUUUUGUUCUCGGGCAUAUUCAAAUUCUUUGGUGUAUUGCUAUGCUGCUAUCGCCAAUUUUGGUAAAUGCAUUGCUUGGUGAAGGAACGAUUUAUGAUUGGCGAUUCAUAUUUGUGCUGCAUGCAUUCUUAUCAAUUAUCACCAAUAUAUUCUUCUGCAUUGUAGCCGCUUCUGAUGCCGCAUGGUGGACAGAUGAUGAACGUGUCACAGCACGUAUCAGAAGUGGUGAUUCAUUUUGGUGGUGGAAAGGUGAACCACAGAGAGUCUAA